AUGUCUUUCGACGACAUUACCGACCAAUAUAUCACCUACGAGAGCCGAUUGGCGUCCUUCCAGAAGAACUCCAAGAAGAGAGGAUCUGCAGCAAGCGGACGAGGCACCAAAGCUCUCAACUGGCCUCACAAGUCCAUUACCCCCGAUAGCCUUGCUCGCGCUGGUCUUUUCUUCAACCCAACACCAGAAAACCCCGAUAAUGCCCAAUGUUUCCUAUGUCACAAAGGCCUCGACGGCUGGGAAGCCAACGACGACCCUCUUGUCGAACACUUGAAGCAUGCUCCCGAAUGCGGUUGGGCAGUUGUCGCCGCGAUAGAAUCCGAUAUUGGAGAUUAUGCGCAACAAGAACCCGACCAGCCAUACAUGAAGGAAGCUCGAAAGGCAACUUUUGCUGGCAGAUGGCCCCACGAGGGCAAAAAGGGAUGGAAGUGCAAAACCAAGCAGCUAGUCGAUGCAGGCUGGAAAUACACACCGACUGAAGAGUCGGAUGAUAUGGCCACCUGUACCUACUGCCAACUUGCGCUAGAUGGUUGGGAACCUGGCGACAAGCCUCUUGACGAGCACUACAACCGAUCCCCUGGCUGCCCAUUCUUUAUUCUACUACAAGCGAAGAAAUCGAGUAAACCCAAAGCCGCACGCGCUUCCAAAACAUCGCGCUUGUCUGUCCAGUCCGUCGCUGCUUCAGAAGCGCCUUCAAUGAACGAGUCAACAGCCGCUAUCGAUGACAGUGUUAUGACAACGAGCUCGACAGCAACAGGCGGCAAGAAGACAAAAGCGCGUAAAGCGACUUCCAAGGGACGAAAAACAAAGGCAAAGAAGGAAGCUCCAGCUGAGGACGUCGAGACAUCUCUACAAGAUGAAGAGCCAUCCAAGCUUUCUCGGGGAAAGAAGCGAGACAGCUCAGCGAUAGAAGAUGUGAGCAUGGCUACCUCGGAUGCGCCACCAGGCAAGAAGCGCGCAACUCGCGUUGUCAAUGAGUCUACGGUAGAACAAGACGAAGACUCAGACAUGGCCGAAGCUCCUGCCCCGAAGAAGGGCGGCAAGAAGAAGGCGACCCGAAAGCCUACAGCCAAGUCAUCGCACGACGUUUCUACGACAUCUAUUACAGAAGAGGUGGUCUCAACAGGCUACGAAGCAACUCCCGGAACAUUCCCAGACGAUGAUGAGAUCGAGCGACAACUAGAGGCGGAUCUUGAGAACCAACUUACUGAAGAUGAGGAGUUGACCUUCGACUCCGAUUCAGAAAGACGCCAGAAGAAGGAGAAGAGAUCGAAGUCGUCUAUGGCUAGGGCUGAGCAGCAGGAGUAUUCACGAGACUAUGCUAUGCUGAACCCUGAGCCUGUCGUGCCAGAUGAGGACGAGAUCGAUGAUGAUCUCAAGGCCUUGCAAGCUGAGAUGGAGGUCAAUGAGCCUGAGCCCGAGCUUGAACACGAGCCUGAACCAGAGCAAGAGGCGGAACCUGAGCCUGAACCCGAAGCUGAGCCUCAGGAGCUAGAAGUUCCAAAGAAAGGCCGAAAGGCCGGUACACGCAAAGUGUCAAAACAGUCCAAGUCGAAGAAGACCAAAGCAGCUCCAGAACCCGAGGAAGAUGAGGCUGAGCUCGAGCAAACACAAGCCGAAGAGACUGAGCAAGAGAUUGCUGAGCCAGAGGAGCAUGCUCAAGUGGAUGAGCCAGCCCACAACGACAGCAUUGCCAGCACUGACACUGUUGUCAAGAAGUCAGGAGCUGCUCGCUUGAGCACUGGCAAGCGAGGUCGAGGACGUCCAUCUAAAGCAUCCAUGGCCUCACGAGCCUCAAUGGAUGACCUCGAACUAGUGGAAGCUCCAGCAGAGGCCGAGGAAGCUCCCGAACAACCACCCGUAAAGCGCGGCCGUGGGCGUCCUUCCAAGGCAUCUUUGGCGUCUCGGCCUUCUGUUGGGGCUAAUGAGAGUCAAUUGAGUGAUGCAGCUCCUAAACGCGGUCGUGGUCGCCCAUCUAAGAAGUCGUUGGAAGCCCGAAAGUCGAUGGAAAUGGCACAUAGUCAAGAGUCGACUCAACCGUUCUCGCAGCCUGUGGAAGAUCGCAUGGAUGAAGAUGUCGAGAUUUAUGCGUCGGAGGAACCCAAAGACGAGCAGCCCGCUCAAGAAUCGCCCGCCCCAGAACCUGUGCCCUCAUCACCACCUGCUAGCGCUGCUCAUCCACCCUCCACACCUGGAAGAGGCACCUCCCCUGCCCCUUCAGCUCGACAAGCAGCCAUUUCACCUUCCCAAUCACCACAGGCCUCGGAUGCUGAGAACGAGCCACCCUCAUCAAGACCAUCAGCCACUAUCAACCCCAAGAGAGUGGCAUUGCCACCUGCGGUGACUACACCUACCCGCGUCUCUCCCUCAAAGCUUUCACCAUCCAAGCGCAAUGUAAUUGCAGGACUUCGCAGUACUACUCCAUGGACGGAGUUAGAUCUUGACGCCGUGUUCGGAACACCACCCAAGGAUUAUAAGGAGAACGGGCUGGAUCGAUUCCUUAAGCAGGGUCAGACUUUGUCAUCACCUGAGAAGCAAAUGACAGUGCAAGAGUGGAUCUACCACAACGCUGCACAGGCUGAGAAGCAGCUUAAGCACGAGUGCGAGUCAAUAGUCAACCGGUUCGAAAGUGAAGGCACAAGAGCCAUGCACGUGCUAGAGGGACUGGUUGUGGAAUGA